UCUGUGCCCCGGAUCCUAGCAGAGUGAUGCGCGUGACCGAACCUAACUCGAUAAUUGAGAAUAGCGGAAGUUUAGCAUAUGAUUAAUAUACAAUAUAUAAAAUAAUAAUCCUAACAACGUUGUUCUAUUAUUAUCAGUGUAAAAUAUGAAAAAAUAGCCUGGAAAAGCAUUGGAAAGGUGCAUGGAAGGUGCAUGGAAGGGGAUUGAGCCUUUCUAAGCGCACUGGCACUGCAGAUCUAGAUCACCAUUCCGCUAUACGAGGAGAAUAAUUACUUGGGUUGUAUAUUGGUUUGAAGCAUUGUUUUGUAGACCAAUUAAUCUUGUUGAUGGAUUAUAAACAGCAUAGAAACUUUAAUUAAUUGUAUCAUUUUUAACGGAGGCAGUCUGGAGGGAAGUCUGAGCGCGCAACGAUGCCAUGCAUCACCAUGCAUUUAUAGAAAUUAUAAUUAUUCUCCCAUCUCUGGAUCAGCGCGCAGUUGAAUGUGAAAAUAUAAACUAAAAGUAGCACUAUUUGUUGUUUUUCCUUUAGAUGUGGUUGGCCUCUCGCUAAUGUGUUUACGUUCUUCAUCUGAAGGAUUAGUUUAACAACAUUUCUUGUGGGCUGUAUGUAGGUCGAAGGCAACUGUACGCCAAUAUUAUUUUGGGAGAUUCAUCGGUCUUGCAAUACAGCCACAUCAUGUAUGCUGGACGUAAAAGGAGAAAACCAGUCCAGAGAGCGGUGAAACAGCCCCCAUCAGAAGGGGCCAAGUCAAACCCCUCCAAGCGCCACCGGGACCGUCUAAAUGGAGAGCUGGAGAGGCUGGCCAGCCUCCUACCCUUCCCAGAGGAGGUCACCACCAGCCUGGACAAACUCUCCAUCCUCCGCCUUAGUGUCAGCUACCUCCGGGCCAAGAACUUCUUCACUGUAGCCCUGAAGAACUGUACUUGCAAGAGAGAGCUGGCCAAUGGUGAUAGCGAUGACAACGGCAAAGCCACGGGAUUGGCGGACAGUUGGCUGCCUGAAGGCGAACUCUUGCUGCAGGCGCUGAACGGCUUCAUCCUGGUGGUCACUAAUGAUGGGACCAUUUUUUACUCCUCUCACACCAUCCAGGAUUACCUGGGCUUCCACCAGACUGAUGUUAUGCACCAGAGUGUGUAUGAGUUGGUUCAUACUGAGGACCAGCAGGAGCUGAGGAGGAACCUCCACUGGGCCCUCAACCCACCUGACAUCGUGGCCCCCGAGGCCCCACUGGGAGAGACCCCCUCAGAUGCGGAGCCGGACAGCAGCACCAGUGCCACUGUGACCUACAACCCUGAGCAGCUCCCCCCAGAGAACUCCUCCUUUCUGGAAAGAAACUUUGUGUGUCGCUUCCGCUGCCUCCUGGACAACUCCUCUGGCUUCUUGGCCCUGAGUCUGCAGGGCAGGCUGAAGUUCCUGCACGGUCAGAACCAGCGGCAGGAUAACGGGGACAAGGUGCCCCCCCAGCUGGCCCUGUUUGCCAUUGCUACGCCCCUCCAGCCCCCCUCCAUCCUGGAGAUCAGGACCAAGAACAUGAUCUUCAGAACCAAACACAAGCUGGACUUCACCCCCAUGGCAUGUGACGCAAAGGGGAAAAUUGUGCUUGGGUAUACUGAAGCUGAACUUCGGGUGCGAGGCUCCGGCUAUCAGUUUAUCCAUGCAGCGGAUAUGUUGUACUGCGCUGAGAACCAUGUCCGAAUGAUGAAGACAGGAGAGAGCGGUCUGACCGUGUUCAGGCUCCUCACCAAGGACAACUGCUGGAAGUGGGUCCAGGCCAAUGCCAGGCUGGUCUACAAGAACGGCAAACCAGACUACAUCAUCGCCACGCAGAGGCCUCUGGUGGAGGAGGAAGGAGGCGAGCACCUACGUAAACGUUCCAUGCACCUCCCCUUCACCUUCGCGACGGGAGAGGCCCUGCUCUACCAGUCCAACCAUCCAAUUGUACGCUUCAACAACGGUGCCCAGGGCUCUGAGAAUAACGGCAGCAAGUCCAAGAAGGGACGGACUGACAGGGUCUCCAGGGAUGGCCUGGACCCAGGCUCCCUCUUGGGGGCGCUGAUGAGUCAGGAUCAGUCUGUGUACAUCUGCCAGCCGGCCCUGGAGUCCAAGCUGUCCUUCCACAGCAGUCUGUUUGGGGACCGAGUCGGCUUCUCUGACUCCGACCCCACUGCCCUGCUCCAGGGCUGGGAUGAGUCAUCCAAUGGAGUAGUGGGUCCGGGUCUUCCAGAGCCGGCGUCGAGCUUCGACCCACUGCUGGCGACCCUAGACUCCCUGUCCCUGGGGAGUCAGGGGGGUGUAGUGGACGGGGAAGGGGACGGAGGCAACGGGGAGGCCUGUUCCAACGGGGAGCUUUUUGGGGCUCUGGAGAGCCUGGGGCUGAGUGCCGAGGACCUGGAGCUGCUGCUGCUGGACGAGAGGAUGAUCCAGGUGGAGAUGGACCCUGAGCGGGUUCCUACCCUGGAUGACCUGCUGACCAACGACGAAAUCCUCUCCUAUAUCCACGACUCCCUGGAGGCAAAGACAGACACGGCAGAGGACAGGGGCCAGGUGCCCUCCACUAUCCCAGCUACAACUGCCCCAAUAACGAUGACGACAACAACAAAGGCACCUGUUGAAAGUAAUCCCACUUCUGCCACCAAUGUGCUCUCUCAAUACCUUCACCAUAAGUCUCCCCUGGUGGGGCAGGCACCCAUAGUUCAGCUCUCCCAGCAGAUGCAGCAGCACCUCAGCAUGCGGCCAGGGAUGGUGGUCCAAGACUGGGCCCAGCAUAACAACCACAUGCCCCACCCCGUGGUGCAUGGACUACAGGGGCAGAGUCAGCCCAUAAACAAUGGACAAUGGACAUCCCAGCACAUUCUAGCCAGUGCAGGGGUCCCAGUUGACCACUGUCACACCCCCCAGUCUCUGUUAAAUGGAAAGACGUCAGAGCCGGAUGGGGAUCUUCACCGGCGGCAAGCCAACCAACACUACCUCCGGCAGCAGCAUCAACAGCAGGCCAUGGUCCAGAGCCAGCUCCCUCUGUGCCAUGCCAAACAGCCAGACGCCAAUCUCAAUGGAGUGUAUGGCAUUCCAAACACACACACAGAGCAUCACCCAGCUGGUAAACAGCAGUGGCAGGACUACAGCUACAGCCACCCUGGGGAAACCACCCUGAACAGCAACCCCUGCCUCAGCAAUGGCCACAUACCCCCCCUCACACACACCACCGUAGACGCUUGUAUGGAUUUCACUAUGGCUGAUAAUCCUGGCGUGGAUUAUACCAUCAACGAAUGCUCGUAUGGGGGGAACGGGCAGGACCAGAGGACAGAGGCUGCCGUUUCAUCCUUCCAGAGGAUGAACCACAAGCAACAGCAGCAGCAGGAGCAGCUGCCCCCUCCCUUGACCCAGGUGCUGUCCAGCCUCUCGCAGUGCCCUCCGCCAAAUGCUACCCUGGAGCAGAUCCUGGGGGUUGGACAGUCCUACAGACAGCUGCCCUCACUGGAGGCCUACGGCAUGAUGACCUCUGACAUCCCUCACGACCCCAACCACAGUAAGAUGGAAAAUGGCUGCAUUCUUAACGGGACCUACUCAGGAGGCUGUGUUCUGCCCAAUGGGAAUGGUGUGGUGUCCUCUAACGGCCUGCUCCCCUGCCCAGACACUCUAUCCAGCCUCCCUGAUGCCCAGGCCUCAGGCUUUUACCUCUGACUGGGGACCAUUAGGAGACACUGACUGACUGACUGAAGGAGGGUCACAAGCACCCAUCCUACCACUGGACCAGCCUUGUACUGUACAACUAGUUGAUAACAUGGAUCAAAAGCAAGACUCAGGCCUAAAUGUUUUCGGUACUUUUGUUUUGUUGGGUUUGAUGUUUUAUAAUAACGUAAUUAUCAUUUGAGUUCUUUGUUUACAAUAUGCUGUCAGAGCGCUAAAGUUGAGUUUUAUGAAUUUUUUUAAAUAACACAGAUAAGUAAAUAAGAGUCUUUUAACUGUUGUUUCUGUGUUUUUCAUGUAAAAAAUGAUUAUCUUUUUCAUCCCGUUUGAAGUACAGCAUGGUCAUUGGUAGUCAUGGAGACACUACCUACCCUAGCAUGUAUAGACGCUAAUGGCACCAUCAUCUUUAUGAUUUGUGACACAUGACAUCAUCAUCAGUGUUACGAGUUGUCAUACAAUAGGAAUGUAACCUUCAAAUGCAAAGGUCAAUGCUCAUGAGUUUACUCUAUUGGGUAAUGUAAUGAAUUGUCUUAGAAAAUUAGAUAAGUGAUGUCAAGUAAAAAAGAAAAAAAAAGGUUUAGAAUAUCUGAUAUUUAACGUUUUAAUAUUUAAGGUGGAUGUUACUGAUGUAAGUUGGAAAAUCUGUAACAAUAAUUGUCUUUUUGUUUAAAAAAAAAGCGGUCUUAUAUUUCAGGUGAUGGGUUGAUGUCCUCACAGGCACAUACACUUCUAUACAAUUGUCAUAAUAAUAUUUAUUUCACUUGAAUUAUCCUUUUGAUGUUGUCAUUGACAUCUUGUACCUCUGGGUGAGUGUUUGUCCAAUACUAAGGUAAACUGUGACUGAACUAGCAGAAGUAUUUAUUUAUUUUACAACAAUUCCGUUUUCUUCAUCAUUUGUCAUUCAUGUCCUCUAACAUACAGUACAUUAAAGGAUAACAUCUUGGUGAGAGUGGAAGUAUUUUGUCAGAAUCUAGAGGUUGCCAGCAACUAUUCCGGUCUUAAGAUGAUGAUCUAAUGACAGUUCACUGACAGAUUUGCAAACACUGAAAACCAAAUGUGAGUAUUAUAAAGGUCUCUUCUGGAAGGAUACUAUUUUGAAUGUUUUAUGUAAAUAGUAAAUGAUACGGAAAUAAUGCUAAAUGGAAUUAUGUCAUCAUGGAGAUGCUGAAAAGAGAUUUCCUUGUAGUUGUUACAAUAAUUAUUGUCAUUAUUAUUGUUAUUAUUACUAUUAUUGUUAUUAUUAUGAGUUUUAAGUUGAAAUGUGAUACAAGCGGUUACAUGUUUUCAGAAUCAACUUGGUUUCUUUCCCCUUUCUUUUUUUAAUAUAAAAAUGUUUGAUAUAUUUAAUAUGAUUGAUGUGACCUAUUAACAAUGUGAUGAAAAUAAUUGUACAUAAAACAAACAAUGGUUUUGAGAAAUACAGGUAUGUAAUUAGGUUCUGUGUCAUUUCACUUGUUUUAAGCACUAUUUUUAAAACACACUGCUGCUUGAACUCUUGUGUUGAUUCAAUUUUGAUUGUACAUAUACUGCACUUUCUUUCAUGUCACAAAAUGGUGCCAUACUACUGAAACUCAAAUAAUUUAACGUUUUGAGAACUUUAAUUUCAGUCUUUUACGUAGUCACAUUGAAUUUACUUUAUUAACAUGCUAACAGGAGCAUGUUACAACGAUAGAAAAUGGAUACGUUUUUACCCAUGUCCUUUGACUGCUUGUUUGAAAUGUAUUAUUUUGGUCCUUUGAAAUAAAGGAUUUCUGCAAUCACA